AUUUUUUUUUUUUUAAAUAGAUGAACACCUAAGUUGUAAUUAAAAAUUUAAAGAAAAAAUAAUUUUAUUUUUAAAUAUUAAAUAAAAUAUUAAAUGAAUUAUUUUAAUUUAAUUAAUUAAUUGUAAAUUUGAAUUGGAUAAGAAAUUGUAUAAUAUUAAAUAUUUUGAUUAUAAAAAUAAAAAUAAAAGGGAAACAAAUCAAAUAAAAAUUUUCCUGAAAAAUAGAGUCCUGUUUUAAAUGGGUAACUCUGUAAUUUCAUCAAUAUCUUCACAAUAUAAUAAAAUGGUCCACCGUAGUGGCUCAUCAAUACAUUUAGCCCCAACAUCAGUAAAUUCAAAAACAGGAAAUGAUAAUAAAAUUGAUAAAAAAUGUGAUUUAAAAAAGGAAUCAACACAAGCAAAUAAUAAAAAUACUUCACCACCACUAACUCGUAAAUCUCUACUAUCAGAUGAUAAUAACACAAAAACUUCUGCAACAACUUCAACAUCAUCAACAAUAACAACAAUCAUACAAAAUAAUAAAAAUGUAAGAGGAGGUGCAAUUGGUGCAACAAAAAACUCUUUAUUAAAUUCAGUUAAUACUGAAAAAGCACAAAUAACACGUUCAAUUCAAAAAGCAUUAUCACCACCGAUAACUCCAAAUGAUGCCAAUUUAAGAAUAACACCUACGGCUAGAGGGCGAAGUCGUAGUGUCGUUCAUUCUAAUCCGCCCACCCCAACUCCAUCCUCAUCGACAUCAUCAUCAUCAUCGAUAUCAAAUACGAUUUCACCAUCAUUAAUAUCAACAACAGCAAAUAAUAACAAUAGUAAUAAUAAUAACAAUAAAAAAGCAUCAUUAGCCUUAAGACAAUGUACUCCAACACCACCAAUACGUAAUAGAAGAAAUCGUUUAUCAGUUGAUUUAGAUAUAAAUUCAGAUGCACAUUUUUCUGAAACCUCAUCUAAUUGCUCUUCAAUAUUAUCAAGUAUUACACCAUCUAGUACACGUUCUGGUUUAAGAAGUCAUAGUUUAGAUAAUUCAGCAACAUAUAAUAAUAAUAAUAACAGCAAUUGUAAUAAUAGUAAUAAUAAUAAUAGCAGUAAAAAUUUUUUAUUAAAUCAAGAAUGUAAUAAAAAAUCAAAAUCAAUUACACCAAAAAAGAUUAAUACAAGAAAAUUAUCAACAAUUAAUAAAUCAACAACAGAUAAUUCACAAUAUUCGAAUCGUAGCUCAAGUAAUAGUAGAAUAAAUCGUAAAAAAGAUAAUGAAAGUAAUAAUUUGAAAAAAUGUCAGUCAAUGGAUAGUAUUUUUCAACCAAUUAAAUCUGAUAAUCAAAAUGAUGAUGAUAUUAUAAGUGAAGUUGGUAAUAAUAUUAUUGAUGAUAACGAUGAUGAUUUAGAUUUAAAAUGUUUUAAGAGUAAUGAUCUUAAAAUUAAUGAUGAUGUUGUUGAUGAUGAAAAAUCUUUAGAUUUUUCAACAAAAUUAACAUGCAGUGUUCCACUUGAACGUAUUUCAAGCGGUAUAUUAGCAACUUUAGUUUCUAAAUAUAAAAGUUUUGGAAAUGGUGAUGAUGAUCUAGAUGAUGAAAAAGAAUCUUCAAUAAUUAGUAGUAAUAGUAGUUCAAUAAGUUUACCAGGAGCAUCAUCGUCAAUUCUAUCAUUAGAAAAUAAUCAACAAAUACAGCAAUCACAACAACAACAGCUGCAACAGCAACAAAAAUCACUUUGUCUAUAUUGUGAUAAAAAAUUUUCAAGUCAAAAAAUUCGGAUUAUUCAUACUGAACGUGUUCACACAAUUCAAGGAACAUCAAUUGCUAAAACACGCCGAAUAUCAUCUCGUUCAACAUUAUCAACUUCAUUAACAAAUUUAACAAAUUUGUCCAAUAAUAGCAAUAACAAUAAUGAUAAUGAUACAAAUAAUUUAAUAAAACCUUUUCAUUCUGGUUGUUCAUAUUGCUGUAAAACUGUUAAACAGCAAAGUCAAACAAAUAAUAUUAAUAAUAAUAAAUAUGGUUCAAAUAAAAAUAGUAAUAGUAAUAAUAAUAAUAAUAAUGACAAUAGUAGUACUAAUAUCGAUGCUACUUUAACUGAUAGACCUGCUACUAUUUCAGAUCAAAGCUCGGCAAAUGAUCUCAAAAAUUUAUUUAAUCAUAUGUGCGAAUAUCAUUCCGAUAAAUAUUUCGCAUGUAAAUAUUGUGCAAUACGGUUUCAAAAUUUAACCGACUUAAAAGAACAUAAUGAGCAGUUUCAUAAAGAGGAUACAAAACUUUUAAUGGUGUCAUCUAUUCCAUCAUCAACUUGUGCAUUAUCAUCAAGUAAUAUAGGUGCAAAUUCAAUUAAUACUGGCAACGCCAGUCAAAUAAUUGACAGUGAAAGUGAUAAUAUUACCAAUACAAUAAAUAAUUGUGCAGUUUCUAUUAAAAUUGGAUUAAAACGUUCUGUAUUAAGUGGUGUCGUUGAAAAAUUCGAUGAAUUAGAUUCGAAUAUAACUAAACCUUUGAAAAUUAACACAGGUAAUAAUUAUGAUAGUAGUACUUCAUUGAUAAUAGAUCCAAAUUAUGAGCAAAAAUUAACACGGCGCCAAUUAAAACAUCAAGCUUUUGAAAAUAUACGAGCUGCUGCUGCCUCAUCAACAUCAGUUGUUUCAGUUACCUCAAGUUUAUUAACACGAUCUGCUGCAGCUGCUGCUGCGACAACGGCUAUAAAUCGUGGCGGAGAUGAAACAAUCGUCACUAGAUUAAAUCGAUUACCUAGAGGACGUAAAUGUACUGUUAGAAGUCGUGUCAGUGCACGACAAAAUCACAUUGAAUCGAAUAGCAAAGAUGGAACUCCAAUGUCUACAGCAUCUUCGUCUAAUAGUGUAGUAAAAACAAGGAGUAAAGUGGGUUUUUGUAAAUUAACGCCUGACGAAUCUUCAUUAUUAAAUAGUUUAUCAAAUGACCAAAGUCAAUCAAAUAAUUUAGCACAACGACCUCCUACUGCAAUUCGAACUGAACCACUUUCAUGUACUUUUGAUGAUGAUUUUUAUGAAACAGUUAGCUUAAAUGUAAGAAAAAAUCUUUGCUGUCAUUUGGAUGGAAAACUAGAUAGCGGACCAACGAGUCCAAGCCCAAUAAGUCCAGUGACUGCAGUACCUGCUAUUCGUAGUACUGUUGUUAAGAGUCCUUUAAAUGCUGAUUCUGAAAUUCAUGAAGCAACAACUUUGUCCACAUUAACAGCAUUCCCAACAUUAUUGACGGCUGAACAAUACGGAAGUGAUUAUAACGGAUCAUCAAAAAUGAGAAGACCAUUUACAAAACAUUCCUGGAAAUGGAAAUGGGAUAGUUUGAAAAAAUAUAAAUAUGUUAAUGAAGGAGGGAAAAUUGUGAAAAAGGUAAAACAACCCUUGACAGGUUUACGUGAUCUUUCCAAAUUGGAUAUGUGGACACAAUUAACAAUGAGAACAAAACAUGAAAUAAUUCAAAGAAGGGAAAAUGAGAAUGCCAUUCAAAAUUUAAGUGUAGGUGAAGUAAUACGUGAAGAGAAACGUAAGCAAAUUGACCAAUUGAAUACAAUAUUGGAUAUGCGACGUCUUCCGCAAAUUAUAUUAGAACAAACUGAACAAACUAUAAUUAAAUUUGAGGUACCCGAUGAAUCUUCAGCGUGCUCAUAUUAUUCGGCAAUAACAACAGCAAGUACAACGGUUACCACAAACACAGUCACUUUCAAUACUUUAACUUAUUGUCAUGAAUUAAAUAAAGAUAAUAGAGAAAUGAUUGAAAACAAUCAAAAUGUUUUCCCAUAUUUUCUAAAUUUACGACGUGUUGAUCCAUCGAAUUAUUCAAAAAAGCAAGACAUUAUCUUAAGUGGAGAAUGGGCCCGUCCACGUUGUUACAUAUGCUAUGGAUGUGGAGCAAAAUUCGACCAUUUGAAAACCUUAGAAGAACAUAAAAUUUUUCGGCAUCCAUAUGUCUAUUCAACUCAUUACGAAAUAGUCGGUCGUGAAUUAAUCGAAGGUGAUCUAUACAAACAUUUUUAUAUUCCUACAAAAGCAUUAAUGCGACAUCGUCAGUAUAGAAUUUCUUCAUCAAAAAUAGUAUUUAGAAAAUUACAAAAUUCCUCUUCGAACGAUGAAAUUGUUGAUUCUAAUUUGAAUAAUAUUGGGGCUGUGCAAAAUCAUCAUGCUGGUCAUGUAACGGCUGCCACUUCUGCCGCUGUUGCUGCCGAAGAUGAAUCAAUGGAUAGUAUUAAUUCUAAUUCCAAAAGCAGUUAUAUAACGUCAACUAGUAAAAGUGAUUGUGAUACUGAUUCUAAAUUAACGUCAACGACCUCGUCGAGUUAUAUUUCAACUAGAUCAUCUACUUCAUCCGCUCUUCUUUGUAAUCAAAACCCCAGCGGUGGAAUUAGCAUAACUAAUGAUAACAGAAAUGUUUGUGUUAAUAAUAUUGAUAACAAAGUAGGCGCAGCUGUCAAUAGUGAUACUUUGAUAAAUGAAGAGAGCAACACUUGUACGCCUGUUCAGUCAUUGAAGCAUUGUUCGAAAUGCAAACGGGAAUGUAAUGGUAUGUUAGAGUUAUACAGGCAUAUGUUGGAUUGUUCUGGUGAUUAUUUCUGGAUGUUAGCUAAAAAACGAAAAUAUCGAUAUUAUGGUUCAAAAAGAAGACGUUCAACCAAAAAUCAUUAUUUUGCUUGCGAACGAAGAAAGAAAACUUCUGGGAAUAAAAGUGAAGACGGUGGCAGUGCUACUAAACGUAAAACUGUAUAUAAUCCUAACACACCUAGACCACCUAGACCGAGUGAUGCUGAAUCUAUAGCUCGAAUGUUGGAAAAUUUGCCAGCAAAACGAGCAUGCCGUCAAAUAUUUCCCGAUCUAACGAAACCUCGUCACAAGUUCAAACAUAAUAAUUCAAAAAUAGGUGUUAUAAAAAAAUCAAUACUAGUCAAAAAAGGUGGUCAACGCCAUUUAAUUAACACAAACGUAGCACAAAAGCUUCGCAAUGGUAAAAAGAUUAUGGCAACUACGUCAGUUGCAGCUAUAACAAAAAAUAUACUAAGAAAUCAUAAAAAGCAAAUGAUAACAAGGCAUCUACGACAACAACAGAGACAAAAACAAGAACAAACACAAAAUAGAGGCAGACCUAAGAAAACUCCUACCAAAGCAAAUAACGAAGAUUCAAAAGAACGAAAUAAAUCCUCAAACAAUCAUUUUUCAACAAACAAGAAACCGAGUUCUGAUAAAGAGCUGAAAACAAUCAAUGAAAAGAAGAAAUCUGACUCAAAGGGUAAAGAAUUUGAAGAUGAACUUAAAGAAGAUAAUUUAAGUAGUGAUAAGCGAAAGAGUAAUAAUUUGGGUAAUAAAACUCAAAACUUUGUUAAAAAAAUAACUCAAAAACUUCAAAAUAAAAAGAAAGGUUUCAUAUUAAAGAAGAAAAUAACAAGAAGUAGUGGAAUUUCGCCACUUCGUGGAUUGGAUAAUCGAAAGUCUACUUCACCUACAAAAGACUCUAUUAAGAAAAACGAAGUGAAAGCUGAUAAGAAAGUUUCAAAAGCAAAAAGUAUUCUGAAAAAGUUAAGUUUCCGUCGUAAAAGUGAUACAAAAUUAGAAGAAACAGACAAAAAGGAUAUUGAGGAAGAAUCAAGUAUAAAGAAAAUAGUCAAAAGCAAGGAAAUUAUUUCGGAAAGCAUAGCUGAAGAACAAGUAGAUGGCUCUUCCGACAGUUCUAAUGAUGACAAAGAUGAAAAAAUUUUAGAAGAAAAUAAUAGUGAUAACACAAGUGAAGAGGAUAGUAUAAAACAAGGUCUCAAAUCGAAAAAAAGAAAAGCUAUAAAAAAUUUCUUUGGUAUUUCGGGGAAAAGUAAAAAGACAACUAUGAUUCUGUCGAAUAAACCAUCAAAUAAAAGUAAUAGCGAUAUGAAGGCAAAAAACUCUUCUGAAAAUCUUAAUGAUAAAAUAGAUAUAGAAAGUGCCAUACAAAACGAUCCAGUUGAAAUUAAAGUUGAGCAAGUUGAAGAAAUAAAUACCAAGCAAUUAAAUGAAGCUUUAUCAACGGAAAAUAGCCAACACACUACUUGUGUCGAUGCACAUUCUGAUAACGGAAAUAAUUUACAAAUUAGUCCAACCACAAAACGCCGUGGAAAAAAAUUAAAUGAUUGCAUAGCUAUGUUAACUGGAAAACUUCAGGAAAAAAUUCAAGCAGCAAAAGAUACCCUACCAGGAGAAGCCGAAUCAAAUACAGAAAGCAGUAAAACUGUAGAAGUAAAUCCUGGUACAUCCAAUUUGGAAAACUUUGUUCCUCUAGUUCAGUACGAACCAAACAUCCCAGUACGCCCAAUUCCUGUUUCAAAACCGAAGAUGGGUUUUGAUAUAGCUAGUUUAGUGAAGCCAGAUAAUGAUUUACCUAUAAGACCUUCAACUUCUAAUACAAAUGCUGUGAUAACUAGUUCAAGUUUCAAUUCAAUUGGUAACGAUAUUCUACCAAACAUUGAUGUUGGUUCAAAAAUGUUGAACUCUAAUACCCUUUUGACAAAACGAAAAACACAUUCUAGGAAAUCAAACAAAACUCACAAAAAUGUGGAAGAAAUCACGUAUAAUAACGACAAAGUUGAAAUGGAAUCUUUGAUAGACGAAAAAAGUAAAUUAGAAUUAGAGAAAAAUAAACUUAAAGAGGUGGAAAAUUUGAAAGUCAACGAGGUUGUUUUUGAAAUAUCGAAAAGUUUAGAAAAUAUAAAGGAGAUGUCGAAAGAUAUUGAAAAAACUUUACAUAAUCCAAUUUCGACGGGAGUGAAAAUUGAUAACUCAGAUUUGUCAACGAACUUACACAAAGAAAAGUCAAACCAAAACUUAACUUUCGAGUCUUUUACAGUUGCAACAAUGACGCUUCCAGCAUCUGUCAGUAGCAACAUGAGUGAUACAAUGAAUAAUGAUAACAACAACAAUAACAAUAAUAAUAACAGUAAUAAUAAUAACAGUGGCAACAAUAACAAUACCAGUAACAAUAAUAAAAGUAAAGAGAAAACAAAUGGUAGUAAUAAAAACUAUAGUUUCAAUAACAAAAAUAAUGACAACUUCGGUAUUGGAAAUGAUUUCGACAAUAACAAUGAGUGUGGCAGCAACCAUAGUAAUGGUACUAAAACUCAUAACAGCAAAUAUGAUGAUUUAAACAAUCAUAAUAAAAACAAUUGCUAUAGUAGUGGUUACGGUAAUAAUAGUAAAGAUAAUCAUUACAACAAUAAUAACAACAACAAUGACCAUAAUAGUAACACAAACAACAACAAAAAUGGUGGUAAUAAUGAAAAUGAUAGACCCAAUAACAACAAAACCAAUAACUGUAAUGGAAAUAAUAAUUGUAAUAACAAUAAUAAUCAGAGUAGCAGCAAUAACGGCAAUCAUAAUAGCAACAGCAAUAGCGAUAGCAGUGGCAAUAAUAAUAACAACAGUCACAACGAUAACAACAAUAAUGGAAAUAAUAAUAGUAACAAUAAUAGUAAUAAUAACAAUAACAGUAACAAUAACAAUAAUAAUAAUAAUAAUAAUAAUAAUAAUAAUAAUAAUAAUAAUAAUAAUAAUAAUAAUAAUAAUAAUAAUAAUAAUAGUAAUAAUAACAAUAAUAGUGACGGUGAUAAUAUAAAUAAUAGUAAUAACAACAAUAAAAAUAACGAUAAUAACAAUAAAUCCAAUAAUGGCGGUAAUGUGAAAAAUAAUAACAGUAAUAAUGGAAAUUGUAAUAACAGCAACAAUAAUAAUGAUAACAAUAGCUAUAACAUUAAUAAUAACAAUAAAAAUAGUAACAAUAACACUAAUGCUGGUAGCAGUGGUAAUAGCAAUAACAUUGUUAGUAGCAAUAACAGUAAGAGCAAUAGCAAUUCAAAACCAUAUAAACCUAGAAAAACUUCUCGUAAUAAAUCUCGAGAAAUAUCCAUUUCAACAAGUGUAACAUUGCCACCACUUCCACCAUCUGCAGCAGUAUUACCCCCAUUUCCGAUUCCAGUGCCAGUUCCUGAACUUCUGCCACCAAGUCUUCUUUUGACUGCUAAAGAAAUUUUAGCGUCGCAGCAAUCUAAAUUAAUGGAUUCGCCAGUUUUAUUGCCCUCGCCACCUUUGCUUUCGGCCUUAGUAAAUAUGGAUCCAAGUAGUUUUCAAGAUUUAUCAAACAAAUUACAAAAUGUGGAUCCAAAACAAUUGCAAUCUGCAACACCACCACAAUUACUCUCAUUAAAGGUACCUGAUGCGUUAUCAAAUUCGACAACAAUAGCACCUGUAAAAAAUAUGAACGAAAUUAUCCUACAAAAGGGAAAUAAGUUAUCAAACGAUUUAAUAAUAUCACCAAUUCUAACAUCCUCUUCACCAUCAACAUCAUCAAUACCUACUGCAACUUUAACAAAUCCAAAUUCUUCUACAUAUGGUACUUCGUUAAAUUUAUCACUUUCGAGCAGCAAUAGCCAAAAUCUUAAUCACGCAAUGUCGUCUUCUUCGAAUUCUUUAAACAUGAUAUCACCGAAGAAAAAAGUUUUAACUUCUGCUCAAAAAAAGGCAACACCACAACCACCUCCCAUCAUAUCAAUAAUACCGCAAAUAAUUCAACAAUCACCAUCUUUAGCAAUACCGCUAGGGCCUCCUACUACAAUAUCGGCAUUGUUAGCUGGUUCGUCUUCAUUACCCCCUGGAAUAUCGCCUCCACCUUUGUCAAAUUCAAUGUUGUCUUCACCAGGUAUUACCUCUCCUGGAAUGUCAACUUCUGUUAUGCCUUCAUCAGUAUUGCCACCCACAGGAAUUUCAGCGCCAAUUUUGUCAGGCUCAGGUACAUCAUCUUUAUUGCUGUCAUCUUUACCUACGGCAUCUCAUUUACCACCACCAUCAUUGAUUCAACCGCCAAUGCCAAUACAGUCCGCUCAAACGACGUCUUCGGAAGGCUGUGGUGCCAUUGAUCUUUCUAUAAGUCAGCAGCGUUCAACAGAAGCAAAGCUUUUAUCAUUUAUGGACUUUGACGUGCCCUUGGAUCUCUCGAAAAAAUCUACUGCUGCUAGCAUUUCACCUCUACCAAAUCGUAAAAGUCCAAGAGCUGGACCUUCUCCAUCUAGUUUUUCUACAAGCUCAUCUGCCUCAUUACCACCACAGCAGUCAGAGCCUUUAGCACUAACUGUUAACAAGAAAUCAAUCGAAAUUCAAUCGCUGCCAAUAACAAAUUCACCGUUGAAAAUUCCUUCGAUUUUAAAUUUACCACUAUUAAAUCCUCCAAACUUUGCUGAAGAAUUAUUUCGACAAAAAAUUCUUGAAUCUGCUAGCCCUAAUAAUAAAAAUGUUCAAUCACAAUUACAAGCUCAAUUACAAGCGCAAACCAUGCCACAAAAUUUUCAAUCUUCGCACCACCAUGCUCCAACAUCAACACAAACAAUAGCUGCUUCAGUAAUACCAACAAAUCCUGCCCAACCGCCUUUGUUAAAUAUUCCGCCUGUCCCUCAACCAACAGUGAAUCAAGCACCUAAGAAAAAGCGAUCUGCCAGUAAAGCAAAUCAAAAUCUACAACAGCAACAACAGCAACAACACCAGCAACAGCAACAACAACAGCAGCAACUUCAGCAACAGCAACAGCAGCAGCAAUCAACACAACAACAACCACAGCAACAGCAAUCAACACAACAACAACCACAGCAACAACAAUCAAUACCACAACAACCGCAACCGCCGCCGCAGCGGCCACACGAAUCCCCCGUUCAUCAACUUCAAUCACAACAACAUCUUCAAACUAUACUAUCUAUUAACAGUCAGGCACAACAGUUGUAUAAUACUGGCAAUAAAAUUGCGACAAACAGCAUAGAUGAGGCCAUAACAGCCGUUAUUUUAGGAUUAGAUUUACCACCGGAAAAGCAAAAGGAAUUUAAUUUAGGAAAUAAAUCGGAGUCCAGUAUAGCUUUGUUCAAUGAAAAUGUACAGUCUAAUUCAGAGAAAGAAAAAUCAAUCAUGAGUGAGUCAACUGAAAUUGGUUUACUAAACGCUUCGGCUUCUAUUAUUGCUGCGUCGUCAAUCUCUCCAAAUGUUCAAUCAAAUAUUACCGAAAAUGUUAUUCAAGUAUCGGUUGAACCAUGUUUAAAGAAAAAUAAACAACCUUCAAAAGUGAAUUCUGAAAAGUCGACGUUGGAUACAUUAUUGCCAUCAUCAUCUCUAAAUAGAACCGACGUCAUUUCUAAAGCAAUUGACGAUAUUCAAAAUAUUGAAAUCACAUCAACAGGAGUUAUUGACAAAAGUGCUGAAUUUACAGACACAACAGCAUCAGAUCUUAAAAACGAUCCAACAAAAAAGAAAAAUUUAAGUAAGAAAAAGAAAUCUGAACAAAAUAUUACUACAGACACGACAUCAAAUAAACCAAAUCUUGAAAUAGAUUUGAACAUGGUUGAUAUUGAAGAAGUUUUGACUGAAAAUAUUGUGGAAAAAGUUAGUGCAGAUAGACAAAAAGACGCUUCUGAGCAGAAGGUCGAAAAUUCUAAUUCGGAAAUCACAUCAACGGAUAGUCUUAAAGCUUCUGGAACAAUCCCUAGUGAAAAAUCUAAGAAAGGAAGAAAAAAGUCUACACCAAAAGUAGAACAGAAUGAAAUAUCAACAUCGGAAGUAGCUCCAAGUUUCGAUUCAAAAAUUAAAAUAGGGGAUGCUGUUGAUGAAAAACAGAGCAGAAAAAAGACAAAGAAAGCAAACAAAGAAUUUAAUGAUUCUUCAAAAGAUAAUUUCAGUUCAAAAAGAAAUAUGAAGAAACAGCAAAAAAUUAUAAUUGAAGUAACUCCAGACGUUGCAACUAUUAGUACAAGUUUAACUUGUGAUGUAGAUAUGAGAUCUUUUUUAAGCGACAAUCAAGAUCCCACGUCAUCAUGUAAUUACGAUCAUCUGAUGGAUGACAAAAAAUUUUUAAACGAGAACUCAGAGGACAAUAGUAUUCAUGCAGAUGCUUUAAGGGAUUCAGAAAAUAGAGAUAAUUCGGGAGAUAAUUCCCUUUCUUCAACUAAAACAGAUAGUUUUGCACUUACAGAUGAAAAAUCUGACUCGAAAAAAUCUAGUCUCGAAAGUUUACUAAAAUUCCGUCGAAAACCUAUAUUACCUCCGCCAAAAGUAAUUAUGAGAGAAAAAUCACCAGAGCAACCAGAACAGCAACAAGAUGAUAAAUUGCCUGAAGAUAUUAAAAAUCAAUCUUCACAAAUACAAACAAAGGGUAGUAAAAAAACUGCUGCAAACAAUAAAAAGAAACAGCAAUCUCAGAUGGAUAAUAUGUCAUCAGAAACUGGUAGUGAUGUAGAAAAAAACUCGACACCUGAAAAAUCACGUAGAAAUUUGAGGAAUUCCCCAAAACCUGAAACAAAAAUAGAAAGUGAAAGUGAAAAGGACUCAGUAAUAGUGAAUGAAAUUGCCGCAACUGAUGAACUUUUCAAGGUUCCACCAGAGAAAAGAGGUCGACCAACAAAAGCUAGUAGAAAAAUGGAUCCAAAACAGAUAAAGGCCCUAGAGGAUUCCCUGGAAAGUUCUGAUGAUACAAAAUCUGAAUGUUCUGAAUCCAGUAUUGAAACUUCUUUGAAGGGUAAAAGAGGAAGAAAAAGUAAGAGCUCUAAAAAGGAGACAGAAAGGGAUUCUAUCGAGAAAGAAAUUGACAAUUUUAAGAUAAAGGACGCCGAUUCACAAAGUAAGACUAAUAACGAUUCGGGACAUGAAACACCGAAAAUUGAUUCUGACAUUACUAGCUCAAAAGAAAGUGACAAGGAAACAGAAUUGAGUGUCUGCGAAGAAAUCCAAUUGUCAAAAAACAAAAAUCAAACCAAAAGAAAUGCCACUAGAAAAGCUAGUUUGAGGAACUUGGAGGGAAAAAGUGCAAAAAAUGGCAAAAAAUCUUCGAUCGAAAGCUUAAAAGAUUUUGAUAGUGACGCAUCGCAAUCUGAAAAUGAAAAGAGUUUCUCAAAAGUUAAGCAAAAGAGUAAAUCAGCUAAUAACAAGAUUAAAUCAUCGACUGACCAUAAAGAAUCGGAAAAAGCAGAGGAGGCUGUUAAUGAUAAAGAAAAAAAUCAUGUAGAAACCGAUAGUAAUGUAGAUGUAAAUUUGUCUAAUAAAAACAAAUGUAAGUCUGAUGAAAACCUAAAAAUUUCCAAAGAAUCGGAUUUAGAAGAUGGCAGUGCUAAAGACGAAAAAGAAUUUCCAAAAAUAGCUUCCUCCAAACGACAAAAAAAGACUAGUAGUUUGUCCAAAGCUGAUGCUGAAAUAAUUGAAAAUUCUUUUAAAAUGGCUGACACAUAUAUGCAAAAAAUUUUAGCCGACUACGGUACAAGUGAUUUGUCGUCAGCUCAACAUCUAAAGCUUCCUAUGACCAAAGCUGGAAGAAAAUCUUUUGACACCGAUCUUCCUUUACCUCUAAGCGCAUUACAAAAACGUCGAAGUACACGAAUUAAAACUCCUGCAGUUCUCGCUUCAGAGGAUAGUCAAAAAGCGACUGCCUCAGAAUCCUCACAAAGCCCAAAGCAAACUCGCAAAGUACAAACAGAUAUAUUAACAAGUUUCUGUAGCGAUGCGGAUGAUGAAGAUGACGACAACAAGCCUCUUUCAAAAACUUUAGCAAAAUCUAAUAGAAACUUUGGUAAUGAUUCUAACAAGGUUCAUAUUCAAAACGACAGUGCAUUGCCGGAACAAGACACCAAUAUUAAUGAGAGUGAAAAAGGAAAUGAUAUGGCAUUUCUGAAAAAUUUAAAAAAUAAGAAAUCUCUGAAAAAGGAUGAAUCAACCGAUUUCAAUGAUUUAGAUUUAUUAUCAAAACACACCAAAAAAUCCAGUAAAAAUAAAACGAAUGAUUGCUCAGAUGCAUUUAAUUCAUGUAAAGUUGUUGAUCAAAAAGAUAUAUCCGAUAAAAUUAGUGAAAAAAGUGAUGAACCACUAAUUAAAGUUGUCGCAAAAAAUAAAUCUAAUUUAAAAAUGAAAGACUUGGAAUCAGCUGAUAAAAAUGUUAACGAGGGAAAUAUCAAAGCGAAGCUUUUCAAUAAAAAUUUCAAAGAAAUCAAUUUAGAAUCUUUGCCAGAGAAAACACCAGCUUGUAGUGUGGAUGAUUCAGAAAUUAGAAAUGUAGAUCCUAUGCCGCUCAGAAGAAUGACGCGAAGAAAGAGCAUUGCUAUUGAAAAACUUAAUUUAUAUAGGGAUCUUGAAUUAGAUGAAGAAAUUGGAUCUUUGAAGCAAAAUUCAAGCCUAGAUCUGCCCCAAACUAGAAAAAAUUCGAAGAAACCAAAAGAAAAAAGUAAUGCAGACUUAACAAAAUUGUCUGAAAUGGCGAGAUUGAGCGAAGAGGAAGUACCCAUAAAACGCAGUAAAAGAAUAGCAGGGCUUGAAAGUAAUCAAAUAAAUGUAAACAAAGAACAAAAUCAAGUCACCGACUCAAAUAAGGUUGAAGGAAAUCGAAAAGGCAGAAAACGCAAAACGAUAAUUAAGGAUAAUGAACCAAUAUUACUGGAUAAUAAGAGCGAUGAAAAGCAAAAUCAAAAUAUUGAAAACUCAGAAUCAAAAGUAUUAGACAAUAAUGAAAAAAGUUCUUCAAAACUUGCUGAAGAACCACUGGCGAGUAAUUUGGGCGAUCCAUCAAAUGUAGGCGUAACACGACCAGAUUCAGCUGCUAAAAAACAACGUAAAAGAAGAAAAAACGAAUUAGCGGCAAUUGUUGCUGAUCAGUUAUUAGAAUCUUUUAAAGAAGUUGAUAAAUCGAAAAUUGAUGACUUGAAAAUGUUGGAAAAUUUAGCAUAUGAAAAAAGUGAAGAUUUACUUUUAACAGGAAUGCGUUUGACACCUACAACAAAGAGAAAAAAUGCAAUUGCUGCUGAAAAUAAAGAAACAUUUUCUGUAAGUGCCAAAAAGGAGAACAAAAAGGAUGCAAAAUUAUCUAAAGGUCCGAAUACUUCAGAAGCAGGGGAAGUUGUUUCAAAAGCGAUUUCAACUGAAAACAAUGGAAACAAAAAUAAAAAGAAAAUUACAGAUAAAAAUCUGCUGGAAUCUGAAAACGAGAAAACCGUCGAAUCUUCUAAGAAAACCAAAGAAACUAAGUUGAAAAAGAAAAAAGAAAAAUCUAAUGAAGCCUUAGAUGCAACUGACAUAUCAAAAAAUGAAAUGAAAGUUAAAGGUGAUGAUCCAGAUGAGUCGAAAUUAAAAGAAAAAGGAGAUGAAAUACCUAACAAACGAAGUUUGGAUCAAGACGAAGGCGAUGUAGAUGGAAAAGCUUAUAACAAUAAUAACAACAAUAAUAAUAAUUCAUAUAACAGUUCCCAAUUUGGUUCUAUGACGACAUUCCGACCAUCAUUUGACACCUUCCGUUCACUGAGGGACUUUGGAUUUUCGGCAAUGCAAAACAAAACAAACAAAGAUAAAUCUGACAAAGCAGACUUAUCGGAAGAAAAUAAUUCGAAUACUUCCGAUUUAGAUUCAGAAAUCAUUUCUAAAAAAAUAAAGAAAAAGGCAGAAAAACAAAACCAGACGCUGCCAACUGCAGCUAAAAAUAAAAAAUCUGAGAAAAAACCCGAAGAAAAUAUAAAUGAACUAAGAACUGGCUUGGAAUCUUUUACUUUUGGUAAAGGUCACUUUGGUGAAUUUAUACCAAAACUCUUUGGAACGAAAUCGUUUUCGUUUGGAACACAACCUCCAAUUGCAAUUAGUAGUACUGAACCUGAACUUGCAUUAAAGCCGCAUUUUACUAAUAUAACAGGACCUUCGGCGUUUUCAGCUAUCGCAGCUACAAACAAUUCAACUACUCUUACAACAAACAACAUAGCAGAUAAAAACUCUCAACCCAGCAAUUAUACUAAAUCCAAUAUGGAAAACUUCUUUCUUUCUAUAGCGCAACAGCAGGAACAAAUGCAAAUGAUGCAACAACCAAAAAAAUCGAUAUUGCGGCCAAGCAUUUUGGCUUCGGUUGCACCGACCCAAGAACAAAAUGCAUCAAAAGCUGUUUCAAGUCGCGAUCCCCGUUUGAAUAAAAAUAAAUUAAAUAAUCAAGAUUCGGAAUCUGAACAAACAUCUAAUCGUUUAAGUACACUCAGACGUCGCAAGUCUGAACUUGAACUACAGACAGUUGCUUCAAAUGACCAAAAUCAAGAUCAAGAAUCUGAUUGUGAAGAAUUAAAUACAGCUUUUGCAAAAGACAAAGCAAAAUCUACAAAAAGAUUGGGGUCUCUAAAAGGAGUUGGUCCUGCUGGAGCUAAUGAAGACUCUUCUGAGGAGGAUAAUUAUUUGGCACAGAUAGCAAAUAGUGUUAAAGACAAAAUUCGGCGAGAAUCAGAUGAUGAAGAUUUCAAAGCAGAAAAUGAUGGUUUCGAGUUAGCUAAAUCAUUUCUAAUUAAUCAUAAUAGAAUGCCAAGACGUCCUUCAACUUCUUUAAGUAUGAGAAGCGCCCCUAAUUUUCAUGAUGACAGAACAAACGAUUUUGACGAUGUAACUAACACUGAACUCAUUGAUAUGGAUUUGGAUGAUGAUUGUAGUGUCUACACGAGUUUUUCACAGGACGUGCGACAGAAGGGUAAACUCGGUCGAAGAAGGAGGCGCCGCAGUAUUUUAAUGACAAGAAAACGCCGAGCAAGUCAAGCCUUAGAUAUUUCUAAUGAAAUUUUUGAAUGUGAAAUUUGUAAUAAAAGUUUUAAAAAAUCUAGCUCUUUGGCAAAACACAAAAUGACAUUAGUUCACGUCUCCAAAGUUUCUGAAAUCGAAUAUUUAAAUGAUAAGAAAAAGAGACAAGAAGAAGAAAUGCGUCGAAGAUCUGGUCAAUUCGACGAAAAGAGUGAAGAAGAAAAGAAACUUAAUGAAGAGAAAGAAAAUGAAAAAAAAAGAAAACAAAUCGAAGAAGAUCAAAAAAAGAAGGAGGAGGAAAGAAAAGAAAGAAAGCGUCACGAAGAAUUAAAAAAAUUUGAAGAAGAAAGAAAUAGACAAGAAGAACAAAAGCGGCGUGAAGAAGAAAAGUUGAGACUUUUUCAAGAAGAAAUCAAAUUAAAGGAAGAAAGGAGACGUAAAGAAGAAGAACAGGUACGAAUGAUGGAAGAAAAAAAACGAAAAGAGGAGGAGGAGUUCAUAAAGAGAGAAUUAGAAAGGCGUAGGAAAGAAGAAGAAAAACUUAAAAAAGAGGAAGAAAAGCAGAAAAGAGAAGAAGAGAAACGGCGUAUUGAAGAAGAAAAACGUAGAAAAGAAGAAGAAAAGCAUAGAAAGGAAGAGGAAACAAAGUUGAUAAAAAAUGAUGAGGCCAACAAAUGCUCAGUUGGAGUGAAAGAUCCCAAGUUGGAAGGGUCCCGUAAAAAAGGUCAGGAAACCCCAACCAAAUCCCCAUUACCAAUAUCAGAAAGAUUAUCACGCGGAAAAGAUCAUAAAAUAUUACCUUCUAGGGUUACUGAACAAGACGUUGAAGAAAUUGAAAAGGCAGUAGCGUCAAUUCCAGGAUUUAAAAGCGCAACUGAAGAUGAGGACGAAUCGAUAGUACAAGUUGCAGAUCAAACUAAUUCCGUUAAACCCGAAAAUGAAGAACCUUCGACAUCUUCAACGUCCGACUCUUCAACUGAUUCUUCAUCCAGCGCUUCUUCCACUUCGGAGGAAGAACCAGAAAGAAAAACGACCGAAAAGGCAACUGAACGUACAAAAGUUUUAUCUACCUCAACAGAAACACCAAAACCCAUUUCCAAAUCAAAUGAGAAGAAGUCUGAUCCUCACCAUCCUACUAAAAAUUUACUAUUAAAUCAAAGUGGAAUUGAACCAAUUUCCUCACCCGAACAAAAUUAUGAUCGUUAUCCCCCUUCGCAAAACUCUAGACUAGCUUUAAAUCCAGAAGAACGUUUAUUUUAUGAAUGCUGCAAUAUGUUAAAAGGUUCUGAAACCCCAAUGGUCGAACGAACUUAUCCAAUUUGUCCACCUACCACUUAUGCUAAUUUUGACGCACCAGCAACGCCUACAGCGCAAAAUAAACCAGUCACGCCAAAAUCAAGCGAGCGAUUUUCUUAUAUGGGUUCUGAAGCUGGAGCAAACUUUCUACAUAAUAAUCCAACAGCAUAUUCUGUUAAAUCUCCUAUGUCACAUCUUAGAUCAAGUCCCAAACCCGCUUAUCCGAAAAUUGAUGUAAAUCAAUUUAGUGAUAUAUCAUCAGAUUCUAAUCCAACUUUUCCAAAAGCUCAACAUCCACCACACAACUUUGGCGUUGGAAAUACAAGCAAUUUACCUCGUCCAACUGGCCAUCAUGUUACAGGGGGAAAUAACUAUUCACCAUACAAUCAUUUAGACGUGGCAGGUAAUAUUCCAGUAGGAAGUCAAUAUCCGGACAAUCAGUUAACUGCGCGAACUUUUGUAAAUAGUUCUGGAACAAAACCAAGUAAAGAUACUUUAGACGUUAACGCAACGGCGAUUAAUCAUGCACAAGCAUUUACUUCACCAGCUCAUUCAACAUCUUCUCAGGGUUCAAAUCAUACUCAAACAACAGCUUAUCGCCUGAAAACAAAAGCAGCCAUGAAAGGCUAUGACAAUUUUAAAAUUUCAAUACCGACAGUCGGCUUGGAUAUGCAACAAGCUCUUCAACAAAGUCCAAGAACAGGGUGUAAACUAACGGCACUAGCAGAAAUCGCUCUUUUAGGCAAUGAAACUCCCAUGACAACAUCGAAUCAAGCUUCUUCCCCAGAAAAUGUUAAUAGUAAAAAAACUGAAACAGCAGAAAAAAAUGACUCGGAAGAUAGUGAAGUACCUCAAAAGCCUGUAGCGGUAAGUAAGCGUGUCAAAAGAUCUGUUACACCGUUAGGUAAGCUAGAAACAAUUCAGAAAAACCAAAAACCCAUAAAAUUACCUCCACCUGAAGGUAACCCUAAACAAAAAACUAAAGCAGCCGAAAAGCAAUUGGGCAAAAGAUCAUCGAAAGUAUACAACGAAGAAUGCAAUGUCCAGGAAAAUAAUACCAAAGUUAUCACUAAAAAUCAAAAGAAAGUAAAACAAGCUGCUAUACCAUCGCCAGCAUUGAAUGACGAUGCAAAUGAAAGGGAACCGAUGAAGGAUUCUCAUGUUAUAAAAUCAAAAAAGGAUGUUUAUGAAUUUGAUGAUUCUGAGGACACUGCUGAUAAAGAUCUGCAGGAGCAAAUUCUUAAAUCUGGUACAAACAAAAAAGAUUUACAAAAUAAAGAAGAAAAUGAAAAACCACCUCAAAAGCAAAUUGUUAUUCCUGAGCGGCCUUUCAAAGACAUUGGCUUGAAUGACCAGGAAAUAAUUAAAUUCCAAAAACCAAAUGACAGCCUUAUAUCAAAAUCACUACAUAAUUCAACUGACAAACAUGACGACGAAACUGGAUCUACCACAAGUUAUUCUGAUCGAGAUGAUUUUAAUUAUGCUUCAAUGACAGAUGGUGAACAUGAUGAUGAAGACAACGAGGAAGAUAAACGAAAUAAUCGUGGUAUCGAGGACGACGAUGAUGACAGCAGCAGUGAUGACAGUGCCGUAACUUCGAAGACUUUGGGUAAUAAAUCAUUAAUUAUGGGAAGAAUAUUCAAAAAAGUUACCAGUGCGAUCACAUCCAACACAGUCGCAACACCAGUAAUAGAGGAACGUCGAGCAACUCUUGCAGAAAAAAAUACUCUUAACACUGUCAGUAAAAACAUUAGAGGAAGAAAACCGAAAUUACCUAAAGAAGAACUGAACAAAUUAUUUGAUCAAUUGAGGUCAACUAAGGAUGAUGCGGCCGCAAAUGCCAGUUCCGGCGGAAAAGGAAAAGGUAAAAAAGACAAUAAGAAGGAAGCAACAUCAGCAUCGCAAAAAAAAUCCUUGAAUGUUAGCAAAAAAGCUGCUGUUGCAAAUAGUGAUCGGCCAGUAUCUAGAACAAAUACUCCAGUUGAUAAAAAUCGAUCACGACAACAACAAAGAUCUAAUAAACAAGAUGGUAACAAAAAUCUUGCUGAACAGCAAAAAUUAGAUAAGAAAAAUACUGGGUCCCAAGCUGAUACAUCAUCAACUCCACAAAAAAAAAAAAAAGAAACUAAAUUAGACACCACUCCUUUACCAAUUGGUGAAUCUAGGGCUCAAUCAAGAGAGAUCGCAAAGUUACAAACUGAGUUAGGCAUGUCAGCAGAAGAAAUAGUUGAACUUAUAAGUGAUGGAAAACGGAAAUCACAAAGGAGGUGUGUUUCAAACCGUCCUAAAAAUAUUGAACUUUGGAGUUCUGAUGAAUAUGAGGAAUUUCAUAGUACUAAAGAUAUAAUAGCUUUGAUUGAGGAAAAAGAAAAACGAACAUCCAAAAGAAGAAAAGAAUCACAAGCAUCUUCCAGAAAAUCUUCAAUUUCCAGAAGUGGCGAAAGACCUGCAUUACUUAAAAGUGCAGCAGAUGACGAAAAAUCGCUUCAUGAAUUAGAUAAUAAUCCUGAAGUUCAAUCUGGAAAAAAAACUCAAAAAAAAGAAAAAAUUUCUAAAGGAAAAAAAAAAUUACCGGAAAUUGAGGUUAAAGAUGAUAAUGAAAAUGGAAAUAAUAGAACUACUUCUGUUUUGCUGGAACAAAGUGAAAAAUCAAAUCAAUCAAAAAAAAGUACAAAACCAUUGCCAACGUUAAAACCUACAUUAAAGCCAAAGUCAUCUGAAUCAGAAUCAGAUUUCGAAACGGAACUCAAAGGUCGAGGUAAAAUAAAAAAAAGACGUAAAACAAUUGCAGCAACAAAAGAAGAUCUAUUACAACAAAAUGAAACUAAACCGAUAACACUGACAAAUAUUAAAAAAAAAUCUCAACCACCACCAAUUGAAUCAAAAUCUGUACAUACAGUCGAAGACUUAAAACCACAAAAAUUAAUAAAUUCAACUAUAGUUAACAGUAAUAGUAAUAAUAUUAAUAACAAUAAUAAUAAUAAUAAUAAUAAUAAUAAUACAAAUAACAAUAACAGUAAUAAUAAUACUGGAAACAUUGGUGGUGGUAAAAAUUCAAAUAAAAUUCCAGUCAGUAGUUCUAAUAUUCCAUCUGGUAGUAAAAUUUCAAAAAGUUCUAAAAAAAAAUCACUUCGAGCAACAAAUUCAAGUGGUAAUCCUUUGCCACGACGUAAACGUGUUGCAUCCGAAAUGUUAUAUUAUUGGUCAUCAUCAUCAAGUGACGGAGAAUAUGGUCGUCUUGAAAAUAAUGAAGAAGAUGAUUUAUCUGGGGAACAAUAUCAACAGCAUGGAUGGAUUGUAGGAGAUUCACAUAAAAAAUUAGUCACUUUGUUGGCUAUUGCAAAAACUCAAAAAAAAGUUGAAGAUGGAGGUGUUAAAGAAACCGGUACUAAAAAAAAUAUCUUAACAUCAUAUGAAACAUAAGAAAACACCUCGCCAAUUUCUAAUAUAUAUAUACGUAUUAUGUAAAUAGUUGAAGAUUUUAUAAGAAGAAAAAAAUUAUUGUAAAUUUGAUACAGGGUUUUUUUUUUAAUAAUGAUAAUUGGACAAGAACUUUAUCACAAAUGAUCUCAAAUAUUAACAGACAAACUUCAUAAAAUUAUAAAUUUAUAAAAAUUUAAUGAAUUUGGUGAGAAAACAUCAUGGAAUUCGAAUGGAUAUAUUAUAAACAAAUAAAUGGACAUCAAUUAUUUAAAAAAAAAAAAUUAUUAGAAUCAAAAUGAAAAAAUAAAAACUCUUAAGUGACGCUUUUCGGAUUAUUAAAUCAGAAUAUUAAACACAUUCAUUCAUACAAUAAAACAAAAAUGGUUUUAAAAAGAUAAAAUGUAACAAAAAAAAAAAAAUUUAUUAAACACAAAAAUUAAGAAUUAAAAUUAAAUAAAAUUAUUUUGAUAAUAAAAUAAAAAAUUAGCACAAAAUAUUAAUCCCGAUAUUAACAAAAGAAAAAAGAAAAAAUUUAUCCAAUAAUUAAUUAUUAUAUUAAUAAAAUAUUGUACAAAAUUUAAUAUAAAAAUUUAUUUAUGAGCAACAAAAAUUAAAAAAAAAAAAAGUAAAAAUUUAAUAAUUUAAUAAGAACAUUUUUGUAUAUAUUUUAAAUUACAAAAUGUAAAUAAAAUAUUUAAAUAAAAGAAGUAAACGAAACAAAUUCAUAUAUAUAAAUAUAUAUUCAAAAGCAUAAUUAUAUGAAAUUCUUACCAAAAAUAUUUAAAAAUAAAGAAAAAAUGCCAUGUUUGUGUGUUAUAUUAAUAUAUUAUUAAUAUAAGAAUUAUUAUAAUUAUUUUUUUUUUUUUUUUUGGAUACAUAAACACUUAUAAAAUUAAAUAUUAGGUUAAAAAAUAAUAUUAAGAACAUAUAUUAGAUUUAAUGUAAAAAGAAAAUUUAGUAUUUAAUAAUAAAAUUAAUAUAAUUAUUAUACUUUACCUAAUUGGUAAGAUCAAUUGAAUCUAAUUUAACACAAAUAUUAAGAGAUUUUAUAAUGUUAAAUUAAAAAACAAACAAAUAUUCAUCUCUUAUCCCCCCGUAUACUUCCCUCACUUUUCCUACUUGCAUUUUUUUUUUCUAAUUUUCAUUUUCAUAUAAAAAUCAAAUUAUAAUUUUUUUUAAAUCUUUAACAAAAAAACAAAUAAAAAAAAAAACAGUAUGUAAAAAUUUAAGAUAACAAAAUAAUAUAAAAUAAAUACAAAA